CGCAUUGAAAUGGAGGCAACGCCACUAUUCCAUGCGCUCUUUUAUGACGUUUAAUUCCAGAAUCUGCAGGUAGAUAAAUUCCAACAAAUAAAUUCGAUAGGCUAUCACUUGGAUGACAUUUCAAACAAGAUCUUUCAUCGCAGACUUCCAUUCAGCGCAAACUAAGAUUUAUCCAAACUUCUCAACAAAGGAAUUCAAAAAUGGGCAACAUUUGGGAGUCCGACCUGUGUGUCCACCCCACAAAUCCCUCAGCAAUCAGGAUGAUCCUGAGAAGGGUUGGUUUGCCAGGCUCAUCUCAGAAGGCUGUGUGGAGUCCUGUGCUGACCCAGCUGUCCCAGAGUGCUGUACACCAUGUGGAGGCCAAUGCCAGUCAUGACCUUCCCUGCCCCCUGACAGUGGAGCUGUUGAAGGCAAGAAAUCUUUACAUUCCUUGGUUGAAGGAUAGUCCUACUGUCAAUCAGGAAGUGAGCCAGCUCAAGAGACCUAAACUGUCAUGCCCCAAGUUGACCCAGCUGUCCCAGGGUGCUGUGCAGCAUGUGGAGGCCGGUGCCAAAGCCAGUCAGGUAUCCUCGUACCUUUCUUGGAAGAGGCUGAAGGAUUUUCUUGCGACACAGAAGAAGGUGAGCCAGCCCAAGAGGCCUAAACUGGUCCCUAGCAUCAGGGCCCCCAAGGACCCCAGCCCACUACGACAGAAGCAGCAGCGACAGAGGAAGAGGUCAGCCGAUAAGGUGUAUGGCAGCAGGGGGUGCACGAGAGCAGCCAAGAAGGACAUCUCUGGAGAUCUGGCCCAGCUCAAGCCUGGUCAGUCCACAGGAGACACCUGGAACAAUACAGACACUGGAGCUGAAGAACCUCGUCGUCUGGAGGUUAUGAAGAACCUGACAGGUCUGUGGGGCACCACUGGGCAAGGCCAGCCUCAGCCGACUCCACGAGCCAACCGUCUCAGCCCCUCCCUGGCCCAGUACUUAGCCUCCACUGUCACACCGAGGACCUUUGACCUCCAGAUAAUGGGCAUGACCUCUGACCUAAUGGACUUCUUGGACAUGCCCGAGGAGAGACUGUCUAUAGAGCUUUGGGACCUCGGGGAGGGCACAGGGGACCAGCGCUACAAAGCCAACUGGCAAUUCUCAGAGGAGCACGGCAAUGUGCUGAUGGAGGGAGUCUGGCUCCAGAAAGAUGACAACUGGUAAUUUGGAGACCUCAGCUCGCCCAAACGCUUCCUCAGUAGGAAAGAGGAGGGAGCUUAUCUGCUGAUAUUCAUUCAUUCAUAUGCACACAUCAGUAAAGGCUUUGAGGAAAAUAGAAAUUGCAAUUGGUAGUUCAGUUUACUUUCUGAAUUUUAAAGGAAUUGACACCAAUCCCGGAACAAAUACACACAGGCACACACAAAAAAGGAUGACUCUUGAGGAUUGCAGUAUCUUAUCAUUUUUAUAUACAAUUAAUAUUUUCAUUAGCAUAAAUACAGUCAUUCUUGUGUUUUUAUUCUUCUUUAAAAUCCUGCUAUGACAACCAGAGAAGUGUAGCAUUGUAGGGUUGCUGUGUCUGUGCAUUUGAUUAGUCUAAAACAUCAUGAACUGAUGGUGUCACAGGUGGGAUCUGAACCCUGGUCUACUGCGUGAGAAACCACCAUCUUAACAAUUAGGCCAAUAGAUAAUUCCUCCAUUACACUGGCAUAAGGGCCACUUACAGGAAUGAAUCUCUACCAGGUAUAGUAGGACAACAUAUUUAAUAACUGAUGUGUCAUAUUACUUCCCCGAAAGGAAUAUAGAUGUGUUGAUCCCCAGGAUGGGAUAUAUGAGGAUGAUAUGUCCACCCAAGCAUCCAGACGCAUGAAAUAAAUUAGCUUCCAAAAUGCACUUGAUUGCUGAAAUAAAUGGAUUUACGUUAA